GCUGAGACAGUAAGGAACAACCGCCUCUCAUUUGUGCCAAGUUCCAACCAAAUGAUAUACAUGCACUCAAAAUCCGAAGCAAUAAGAAGAAGAAGAAAGAAACACUGAACUGAAGCAAGUAAAUCAAAGAAAACCAGAAAUCUUAGAAAGCAAUGAAAGCAAUAUCACCAGCAUCAACGGCUAUACUCAUUCAUUCGCAUCACCAUAGCAUUAAUCAUCACCGUUGGUUUUUAUCUUUGCCACCUCGACGUCACCAGCAGCAGCACCUCACAGGAUCCAUUCCCAAUCCCCAUAGUCUGAAGCUAACCUUCAUAACAAAAGCAGCUGAUUCAGCCUCUCAGCCUUCUUCUUCUUCUGCUGGUGCUGCUGCCAAAACCAUCGUUACUGAUGAUGGCUUCUCAUUCUCAAAGCUUUCGUUUGGUGUUAUUGGACUGGGUGUUGGAAUUUCACUUCUCUCGUAUGGUUUUGGGGCAUAUUUUAACAUUCUCCCUGGAUCUGAAUGGUCGGCUAUAUUGCUGACAUAUGGCUUCCCUCUUGCAAUAAUUGGAAUGGCCCUCAAGUAUGCAGAACUCAAACCAGUGCCAUGCUUGACCUAUUCAGAUGCUCAAAUGUUAAGGGAAACUGCUGCCACUCCUAUCCUUAAGCAGGUGAAGAAUGAUGUUACAAGAUACCGUUAUGGGGAUGAACAGCACUUGGAUGAGGCAUUGAAGCGAAUUUUCCAGUAUGGUCAGGCUGGAGGGAUUCCUCGGAGAAGUGCACCUAUUCUACAAAUGAUCCAGGAAGAAGUCACAGAAGAUGGUAAAUACUGUCUAGUCCUGGUGUUUGAGGCUAAAGCUUUGCAGUUGUCAGAUUUUGAAAAGAGACAGGCAAAAUUUUCUUCUUUCUUUGGACCUGGGAUCACAGCUGAAGUAGGGAAGGGAGAGAAUAACCUAUAUGAAGUUCGACUAAUUUCAAAUUCCACGUCCAAUGCAUAGCUUCGUGAAGUAUAUGACGAUUUCAUCUAACUCUGCUCUCUGGUUUGCCUUUUUUUUUUUUCUUUUUUUUAACUCCUGAAAUUUUUUUGUAUAUGUAUAUGUUCAGUGUCAAUACAUUUUAUAUUAACAAUAGAAUUUCAAGAAGAUAAAUUAAAAUCCAAAAUAGUUGGAAAAAUCUUUGAUAUGCUAGAACUAAUUACUAAAUCUGAUCUUUGAUAUGGUGGCUAGCACGUAAUAUGAUCAGGGAGAACAUGUGAGAUGUUUUAUCUGCAGAAGUUGCUACAAGUAGCCAUGUGAACUUUAUCUUGAGCUUGGAUCUCUAACCAUCUUGACUUGGGGCAACUCUCUUAUUGGUGUAUUUUUUGGUAUGAUAUGGUUUUUUCUAAUUUCUUUGAAAACUAUAAUUGUUUUUACACUAAAGUAAGUACGCAAUUUUAAAGAAACUUUUGAUCUAGGAUAAGGCUCUUGAAAUUGUAAAUAGUCACCCAGAUUUCCUCUGACAACGUAAUGAUCCGAGCUACUGGCCAGGUAAGAAGAAAGCCCUACUUCCAGUAAUAUGUUGGAGGUGAGUGUAAUAAAAAGA